AUGACAUCAACUAUUGCAAGUAACAGAAGAGCAUCUCGACGCUUUAAUAAAAUGUCUGAUAUUCUAACUCAAAUAUUCUCAGGGGGCAAACAUGAGAAUGAAAGGGAAGAACGAUUUGUUCAAACAUUUUCAUGUACAACAAUGUUUCCAAUACUCAAAAUUUUACCAAAACAACCAGCUUUAAUUAACUGA